UUCUUCCUUAUGUAACUUUGAAAUACUCACUUUUAAUAGUUAGGUAUUACAGACCCAAGUCACCUAAAGAUUUAAUUAGUCUUCCUGAAACAACCUUUUCCCACAAAGAAAGAGAAAAAUGAGAAUUAAAAAAUCCUAAAACUACAUUAGUUUCUUACUGAACUACUUACUCACUUCUGCAUGAAUCAUGCUGAUGACCACAAGAGAGAAAGACAGGAAAAAAAAAACAAAAAAAAAAAAAAACUCCAGGCCUUUCAGAAACCGAAAGGAAGAACAUGACAAACCUAUAUAAACUGUACACAGGAGCCUCAUUAUAGCAUGAAGUUAUUUCGCUCCUGUUUCACUGGAGUUCAAAGGUCCUCUAAGAUGGCUGUUUGGUGGCAGGCUUUCGUUGUCUUUGGCUGUAUACUGAACUGUGUGGAGUCCUCUGUUCCAUCACAAGUCCUCCAGAGGAAUAAAUAUAACAACUCCUUUCGUCUCACAAGGUUCACUCGAACUCGUGUCCAGCAGCUGAUGAAUAAAUAUAAGGAGGAGAAGUUGGGAAAUAAGCAUUUUGAGGACAGAAGCCGGCAAUUAAGGGACCUGCCAUUACUUUCUACAGAUUUCUACAGUUGGCUAGAUAUGACGGACUGGGAACGACUGGACACUGCUUUCUGGGACAUGCAAACCUACUGGAAUAUGCUGGAGUGGAAGAGAAAACAGUUGGAGGAGGAAGAGAAAGAACAGCUGGUGGGACAGGCAGCCCACAACACUUUAACUCAGAGUAUCAAGCACAUUCAGCUGGACCUGAGGGACCUGAUGAGCCAAGUCAGAAAUCAGAUGAGUUACGUGCAGAGCUCUCGGAUGAAACCAACCUCUCCUGCUGUACGGGCACACAAGAACCCAGACACCGUCUCUAAAACAGUAUGGGACAGCCGCGUGGAGGGUUACAUCAUUCUGAGAGAUCUAGACCUUUACCUCACCAGGCUGGCAAGAGAUUUCCUACUGCUCGCUUCGAAAACUGGCAUGACUCAGCAAUCAUGACUUGG